AUGCAAACCAACUACGAACAGGCGGAGGCCGAAGCGGCGUUGGCGGAGGCACUUCCGGCGGUCGAAGCAGCCCGGCACGCAUUGGACGAUUUAGAGAAAAAUGAUGUCACCGAGAUUCGAGCAUUCGCCACUCCACCGAAACCGGUACAAAUGGUCGGAGAAGCGCUGUGUCACGUGCUCCAGUCCGGUGAAAUUAGUUGGAAAGCUGCACGUGGUUUAAUGGCUGAUGCUAAUUUUAUCAGCACCCUUCAACAGUUGGAUGUGGAACAGAUCCCAGUAAAAAAUAUACAAAACUUGAAAGAUCUGAUCGCUAAACGAAAGGUCACCUACGAUGACGUUCGAAUGGCUAGUAAAGCGGGUGGCGGUUUCUACAAAUUCAUUCUGGCCGUGAUCACAUUUCACGAUGUGGCCCGUGAAGUUCGACCAAAACGGGAACGAGUGAAAGCACUGGAACGAGAGUAUAACAAAGCAAAGCGGGAUUUACAGAAACUAAAUGACGAGGUGGCCAGUUUGGAGGGUAUGCUGGUCUCAUUGCGACGUCAGUUUAACUCGGCUCAAAUGGAGAUGGAGAAUUUGAAGAAAGAAAUGGACACCAUGCGUCGUCAACUGAUGGCAGCACAGAAACUAACCGAAGGUUUGGGAUCUGAGAAGGAGCGAUGGAUUCAAGAAGUCGCCUCUCUGGGUCGUGAACAAAAGUCCUUAUUGGGAAACAGUUUGAUCGCGUCCGCAUUUCUAUGCUAUCUGGGACCAUUUACCACCGAGUUUCGCGAACGUCUUCUAAUCAGAGAAUGGCUGACUCCAAUAAUCCAAGACGGAAUCCCCGUGACUGAUGAUCUUCAAGUCACCAAAUUGUUGGGCACAGAUGUAGAAGUUGCUUUGUGGAAUUCACAAGGUCUCCCAUCAGAUGAAUUGAGCAUCCAGAAUGCGAUUUUGACCACAAAAGGACCAACCUGCCCGGUGUGCAUCGAUCCCCAAGGACAGGCAUCGCGUUGGCUGAAAGAAAUGGAACGAAACCCCAAAGACGAAUCUCGUUCUAUUCGUGCACCUUAUGACUUUGGUUUCACAGCCGUGUGUAAGAACAGAAACGGAAGCAGCUCGCACCUAAGUAUGUAUGCUGAUCUCACCAUAGAAGAGAAAGGACGUGAGAUUGUGAUGCUUGGAGAUCGUGAAGUGGAAUAUGAUCCAGAAUUUCGUCUGUACCUUGUUACCAAACUGGCCAAUCCGCAUUUCUCAGCGACAUUGUACAGUCGUGCUCUGGUGAUCAAUUACACAGUGACUCUCACCGGUUUGGAAGGACAGUUGCUUAGCGCAUUGGUGAAACAUGAACAUCAUGAAUUGGAAGAACGUCGUGAAGCGCUAAUCCUGGAAACCAGUGAAAACAAACGCAUUUUGAAAGAACUGGAAGACAGACUACUACUUGAAUUGGCCACACAGACAGGGAAUAUUUUGGACAAUUGGGAAUUGAUUGGUACGUUGGAAGACACGAAAGAGAAAGCGGUGGACGUGAGCAAACAAUUGGCUCAAGGUGCUAUCGUUUCCAAAGAUGUCGAGCGUCAAAGGGACUCGUUUCGACCGGCUGCCAGACGCGGUGCAAUCCUCUUCUUCGUGUUGGCCGAUUUGGCUAUGGUCGGACCGAUGUAUCAAUUCUCGCUCUCGUCCUAUCUAACAGUGUUUCUAAAGGCAUUGAAAAAGGCCAUGCCACACAGUUCGUUGCCAAAACGAUUAAGCAACAUUAAAAAUGCGUUGACUUACGCAACCUAUUGCUAUGGAUGUAUGGGUAUAUUCGAAGAACACAAAUUGUUGCUUUCCUUUGAACUGGCACUUCGAUUGCAACAGGACGAUAAUUUGAUCCGACCGAAAGAGUUAGCCUUUCUAGUACGUGGCAAUGUCGCGUUGGCCGAGCACAGUCACACUCCACCGCACCCGUGGAUACCUGAGACCGUAUGGCGUGAUGUGAUCUAUCUGGCUGCAUUCUUGCCUCGCAGAUUUGGAAAAUUGCCAAAAGAUGUACGGAACAAUGGAAAUGAGUGGAGGAAAUGGUUUGACGCGAAAAACCCCGAAGCAGUACAUUUCCCAGGGCGUUACGCCAAACUGAGCCCAUUUGUUCGUCUCUGUUUGAUUCGUUGCUGGCGCAUGGAUCGUAUUCCCAGUGCAGUGACUAACUAUGUGAUAAAAGUGUUAGGCAAAGCGUACGUGGAACCACCGAUCACCCAGUUGGCCGACGUGCUCACCUCGACCACACCGACCAUCCCGAUUGUCCUGAUUGUACAACCCGGUUCGGAUCCGCAAAGUCAGCUGACCAGUCUGGCACAAUCAUUGGAUUUAGGACACAAUCGAAUCAAGUAUUUGUCUAUGGGUCAAGGCCAAGAACCGCACGCGGAGAGUUUGUUUGUUCAGUGUGCAGCUCGGGGAAAUUGGCUUUUGCUGCAAAAUUGUCAUUUGCUGAUCCGAUUCUUACCCACUCUGGAGAAAAUGCUAGACGAGCUAAGCAAACCGCAUCCGGAUUUCCGAUUGUGGAUCACGACUGAGAUGGUCAGCAAUUUCCCCAUCGGAAUGCUACAACGCUCGUACAAAAUUGUUAUGGAACCGCCUAGUGGAUUGAAACAAAAUUUAGCCUCCGGACUGAGCAAGUUGUCUCACGAGCAAUUUGUCAGCUGUCCGCAUCCAAACUAUCGAUCCUGUAUGUUCACAUUGAUCUUUUUGCACGCAGUGCUACAAGAACGACGCCGAUUUGGCAAAUUGGGUUGGAAUGUGAGCUACGAUUUCUCCGAUUCCGACUUUUUGGUCUCAUUGCGAAUCGUGCAAAUUUCCCUGACCAAAUCGCAUGAAACGAAAACGGAAAUAUCAUGGGAUACGAUCAAAUAUCUCAUUGGUGAGGUGAUGUAUGGUGGAAGAACAAUAGACAACUACGAUCGCCGUGUUCUGACCACAUAUAUGGACGAGUAUUUCGGCGAUUUUCUUUUCGACACAUUUCAACCAUUCCGAUUCUAUCGGGACGAGAAAGUGGAAUAUUUCAUUCCCGAGGAACCGACAGGUUUUGCCAAUUAUAAAGAUCUCUACAUGGAAUACGUCAGUCAUUUGCCGGGGAAUCACAAACCCGAAGUUCUUGGUUUGCAUCCGAAUGCCUCGAUUGGCUACUCCGUUCGAUUUGCUCGCAAUCUGUGGUCCAGUUUACUCAUGUUGCUACCGGAGACGGAAGCCGUUGGGGGUAUUCCGUCUGCACAGCGUCUAAGUCAAGUUGCUGCCGUUGCCAACCCCAAUCAGGAAAAUGGCGUGGAGCAGCCUGGUUCCAUAUUGCCCAACGGUCAAGUGCGUCGAUCAAGCACUCGAUCACAACCGGAUCAACAGGACGGUACAUCUACAGAUAUGCCUGUCGUACCAAGUCAGGACGCGGUAGCAUCAUCUGUGGAUAUGGAACAACCACACCCCGCCGGUCAUGCGGAAUCAAUGCCAAACGAUCAGUCUAGCGGCCCGGCACCAGAGAGUGAUGACGCAGGCAGCACAAACGAUCAUGCGGACGAUGAAGACGACGAUGAUGAUGACAUAAAUGAGCGGCAUGAGGAAGACCUCACUGAACGGGCGCGUCGUCGUACACUAUCUGUUUCCGUCUCCACAACCGCACGCUCUUCUAUGUUAUCUUUUGGUGACCCAUCUGGUGGAAUGGCGGGUCCUUCGGGUCCAACUGCUACCAGUCGAGAACUGAUGAUUGACAGUUUGCUGAAUCGUUUGCCUGCAUUAUUUGACGUGGAAGGACUGCGUAAAAAGCACAUGGGAACAGAAGUCUCACCAACUAUUGUGGUGUUGAUGCAAGAACUGGACAGAUUCAAUCUGAUCUUGGGAAAAAUCAACAACUCACUGAAAGAUCUGAAAAAAGCGCUUGUCGGCAAAAUUGGCAUGUCCGAGGAGUUGGACGACAUAUCUCGUUGUUUAUCGAACGGAAUGCUGCCCGCCAGUUGGCGUCGCCUGGUUNAGUGGAUGGCUACAGGAAAAAGUGAACCUGCUGUCAUGUGGUUAUCCGGUUUGCAUUUACCCCAAUCUUACUUGACUGCUCUGAUACAAAAAGCAUGUCGUAAACACGGUUGGGCGUUGGACAAAUGUGCCCUACAAACCUCGGUUACUGAAAUUGUCCCAGAGGAGGUGCACACUGUGCUAAUGGCACCAGAAUUGGGUUGUCACGUGAGCGGAUUGUAUUUGGAAGGCUCAGCUUGGAGUGUUGAGAGUGGAUGCCUGGUACGUCAAAACCCGCGGGUGUUAUUACAAGAAAUGCCAAUUGUACGUCUUACCCCAAUUGAAAAACAUCGACUGAAGCUCACUGGCACUGUUCCAGUCCCAGUUUACAUAACAAGUCUCAGACGGAACGCCAUGGGCGAGGGAUUUGUGUGCGCAUUGGAUUUGCCCACCACGGAACAUCCGUCUCACUGGAUUCUCCAAGGAGUGGCUAUCCUACUGAACACGGACUGA